GUUGUUUGGAGUUCGUCUCUGGGGCUUCACGAGACUCGAGUCGGCGUGUUGAAGCAGUCAUGUCGGCGUUCAAGAGAAAACGUGGGGGACAGGGCGCCGUCGGCAAAAAGGCAAAGAAGGCGAAAGUCGUCGCAGACCGAGAUGGAGCACCGAGCGAAACCGAACAGGGGACGAAGAACGAAGUCACAGUUCCAGCGCCGGUGUCGUCGGGCAAAUGGACCAACAAGGAGCGAGUUCUCAUCUUCUCCUCAAGAGGCAUCAACUUCCGGACCAGGCACUUGAUGCAGGACCUGAGGACCAUGAUGCCUCAUUCGAAAGCAGAUACAAAAAUGGACAGAAAGGACAAGCUGUUUGUCGUCAACGAGGUGUGUGAAAUAAAGAACUGCAACAAGUGCCUCUUUUUUGAGGCCAAGAAGAAGCAGGACCUCUACAUGUGGAUCGCAAACAGCCCUCACGGACCUUCUGCAAAGUUCCUGGUUCAGAAUAUUCAUACACUGGCUGAACUCAAAAUGACCGGAAACUGUCUCAAAGGAUCCAGGCCGCUGCUGUCGUUCGAUCCGAAAUUUGACAAGGAGCCCCAGUUUGCUCUACUGAAGGAGCUCUUCAUCCAGACAUUUUCCACUCCACACUACCAUCCUAAGAGUCAGCCGUUUGUGGACCACGUCUACACGUUCACCAUUGCAGACAACAGGAUAUGGUUUAGAAACUACCAGAUCAUCGAGGAGGAUGCCUCUCUGGUGGAGAUUGGACCUCGCUUUGUUCUCAACCUCAUUAAAGUCUUUCAGGGAAGCUUCGGAGGACCUACCCUCUAUGAAAACCCUGAUUUCAAGUCUCCUAACAUGCACCGGCGAGAGAUCCGAAUUGCGGCAGCGGCAAGAGUCCGCGAGAAGCAGAUGGUGAAGGAGAUGCAGAAAAUGAAGAGGACAGAAGCCAAGCAGGAUUUGUCCAAAGACAUCACGGCCGAUGUCUUCCUCACGCCGGCUCCAGAGAAGCCCGUUCACAUCGAAACGGAAGCGCCCGAGCCGAGAUUUUCAAAUAAAAACAAACGCAAAGCAAUGAAAAGGCAAAGGCAACGCAGGUAGCCGAGUGGACUGGAUGACGAGUGAAUGACUAAUUGCUGCCAUUAAUCAGUUUUGUCUCAAGAAAGUAAAACAAUGCAACAGUGUGGUCGGGUCUGAAAUCGAAUAUUAUGAGGCAUUUGCUAGGUUAAAAAAUACUCGUCAUAAUUAUGCACAUGUUUGUGUUUUUGUAUUCAUACAUUAUAUAUUUAGCUCCCUUAUCACAAGGAUUGUAGCUGGUCAAAAGUCUCAGCUUUUCUGAUGCUGCCAACAAUGUUUGCCCAUCCUUAUUCAUACAAAGUACAUUGAACAUCAAUGUAAAACAAAAAAAACUUGUUUAUUGAGUUUGUCUACAACUGUUUUCUAUGUCAUGGAAAUAAAAACAAUUCAACCCUU